AUGGAGUGCAUGCGCAACCAGCUACAUGACGGUGUCGUGCUGAACGGACGAUACGAAACCAUCUCCCCACUCAACCAUGGCUCUUUCGGCAUGGUCUUCCAGGCCAAAGAUCUGUUGACUGGCGAUAACGUUGCGAUCAAGGUUAUCACCAAGCCUACAGCGUCUCUCAACUGCCCUUCUACCUUCGCUGUUGACGAGCGUUCCGAAGAGCUCAAUGUCCAUCUUUGCCUCGGUUCCCAUCCCAACAUUGUCAAUCUUGUUGAAUCGUUCGAGUCUCAGAACCACGUCUACUUGGUCUUGGAGUACUGCUCCAACGGAGAUCUUUACGAAGCCAUUCGAUUUGACAAGGGCCCGCUGGAGACCGAGCAUGUUCGCGACUUCAUGAUGCAGCUAGUUGGUGCUGUUGAGUACUGCCACGCAAAGGGCAUCUACCAUCGUGACAUCAAGCCCGAGAACAUCUUCCUCACCCAGAACGGCUCGAUGAAGCUUGGCGACUUCGGCCUUGCAACAUCCGAACCCUGGUCCUGGGAGAUCGCGGUCGGUAGCGAUAGGUACAUGGCUCCCGAACAGUAUGAUCCCACCAGCGCUGGCUACUCGACCCCCAAGGCCGACAUCUGGGCGAUUGGCAUUGUUCUCCUCAACGUGCUGUUUCAACGCAAUCCCUUCGCCGUUCCGGCUGGCUCGGAUCCUCUGUACGCCGACUUUGCUCUCGACCGUCAGAGUCUCUUCGAUGUCUUCCCAAACAUGUCUCAGGAUACCUUCGAGGUCAUCAGGCAGUGCUUGGCUAUCGAUCCUGAGAGACGUGAUCUCACCGCCGUCAAGGAGGCCCUUGCUCGUGCCAUCUGCUUCACCACGGAUGAUGAGAGUUUGGAUGAGUUCUGCACCGAGGAGCGCGAUGCCAUCACUGUUGGUGCCAACCGUGAGCCGCUUCGUACACCGUCCAUCAGCACACCCUCGCUUGAUGCGAGUGGUUCGUUCCCAUGGGCAAAGGCUCUCGCAAUGUCUCCGCCGCAGACGAUGCGUCAACUCUCUGUCAUUCACGACACGGAAAUCUAUUCCGACGACAUGUACCCCACUUCCUACGACGUCAAGCCAAGCAACGCGUCUGGAGUAUCUUUUGUCGACUCUGGCUUGGGUCUGUCGUUCAAGUCUGGUGACAUGUCUUACAAGUCGAGCGAAGUGACGCAUCUGGAGCCUAUCAACAUCACGCGAUCCAGGCCUGUCCCCAUCUCUGGGUCUCUUCCAGCCAAGCCCUUCAACAGUAUGGCGUCCGUCUUCGGUAAGAAGCGCGAUGUCUUCUCGAAGAGCUGGAGUGACCUCUGGGACGAGGAGGAAGAGGAGCAACAGUUCAUCGCCGAGAUUGAGAACAACUACUCUUCGUUCAGCGCUGCGAAGGCAGUGAAGCCGGUUGUGUCUGAGGCUGGUUCUGGCGUGUCGACUCCACGUGGUGGUCUAACGGAGCUGAAGAACCCUGCCACUGUUCACAACAGCAGGAGCCGCUCUCCUCAGGAUCGCCGUGCUACGGACCACGUUAGCGAGAACACUGGUUUCAUCUUUGAAGAGCACCAGACGUCGGCACUUGCUCGGAGUUCGCCUUCUCCUAAGCGAUCCGUCGCCGACAAGUGGGCCGCUCUCGGUGACCGCCGUCGUGGUCAGCUGGUGCAUUCAGAAACUCCUUCGAAGCCUAUUAAGUCGCCCAAGCAAGCUCAACCCAGCCCAACGUCCGCUCGGAAGCGGAGUCGGGCUGGGACAUGGCGACGCCCGACCCACGGUAGCCCAACCCAGCAUGACAUGUAUGGUUCCUGGGAAGCCAAAGUGGACAAUCGGUACAAGAGCAAGGACUGGCGCCAACAUCCCGUCCAUCAUGUUCAGGAGAACUUUGAUGACAUUGGCGACCUUGAGUGGGUGUUGUAG